UGUUCGGUCCGAUGUCUCACCUACCGUGAGGAGUGCUGGGAUAGUGUCAUGCUACAUGUGAAAGAGGCUGUAGUCCCGAUCUGUGAUUGGCUUAAGCUCAACGGAAGACAAAUUUUCAAACUGUUCAACAUUCACGAUCAAGAGCACGUUGGUUCGAACCCUUUUUGAAAAUCACUGGUUCUCUUGCUAUCUGCGGCAGAUGCACUGAGAUCAAAGGUUGAACAAUGUUUUCAAAGGAGCAUACCACCUCUUCUCUUGAUGACAGUCUGACAAACAUACAGUGGCUCUGUAAACUGGAAUCCAAUCCACUGUUGGAGACGAAACAAAAGAACCUCACAACUGGGGAGCCAACACGUAUGGAUCCUUAUCCCAAGCCUCCAUUCUCUUAUGCCACACUCAUAUUACUGGCUAUUAACAGCACUUCAGAAAAGCGCAUGACAUUGCAAGACAUUUAUAAAUGGAUAGAGAAUAAUUUCCCUUUUUAUAAAAACUGCAAAAAAGCAUGGAAGAAUUCCAUUCGUCAUAACUUAUCACUUCACAGCUAUUUCCUCAAGGCCCAAAGGCCAUCCAAUCUCCCUGGAAAAGGAAGUUACUGGUCCAUAUCACCAGAAGGUAAAGAGAACAUCAUGAAAGAAGUCAUGAAGCAUCAGCAGCCACUUAUCAACCAAAAUAUGACCUUAGAGCAAUCAAACACAAAGGGACUGCGACCAAUUCUCCCCAAACCAUCAGCGGAUCGGCUCAGUACUGACACUUUCUUGAACCAGGGGGGUGUUCAAAUUUUAACAGAUGGAAGAGUUAAUGGAUUGCCUGGUAGUAUUCCAGUAGUGAUUUUACCAACACAGCUUUACAUGAAUAUGGCCACAAAAAUUGCUGCUCAAGCUGCCGCAGGAAAUACUACAGCAGUUGGAGUAAGUCCCACUCUUGUACCCAUAGCAGCAGAAGCUCAAAGAACUACAAACCCUGAGUUUUCUCAGCCAGUUCCUCAAUCUGAAGAACCUGGAGAGGAAAGAGAAACAAUUGUCUCAGAAAUAGCAAUUACAGAGGAAGAGAUAGGAUCAGGAUGUUCAAUAUCAGUGACACAGGUAUUGCAAGAAAACUGUGAAAACAAUUCUGCAACUGUGACAGUAGAACAAGCCCUUUGCAAGAUUGAAAAGAGGGAAAAUGAAAAUUCUUCAGAAAAUUGUUUAAAUAGUGCAUCAAUCAGGAGUGAGGAGACCUGCAAGAGUCCUGCUGAUGUUAAAACUGAGAAAACUGGAAUUUUAGCUCUGCAUGUCAAGAAAACUGGAGCAAACAAACGUAAAAGUAAACCUUACAGUAAGAGUCAAAAAUCUUCAUGUGUGCAAAGAAAGCAAGAUUUACAACAACCCAAGCGCUCUCCACUUCGGCCACGCCCUCAGCUCACCUUGGCUGCCAUCAAUUCACAAGCCAAUGAAAUGCCAUCACCAGGACACAUCUUUUGCAAACACAAUAACAAUGACUUCAAUUGUUUAUCACCUUUAAAACCACUGAUCACACCUACAAAAAACCUUGACAACCAGAGUUUCCUGGCCUCCCUACUGGUUUCACCCCCAGGUUAUAAUAACAGUGGUCACACAGGCUUUACACCCCCUCAAUUCUCUUCAGACAGUGGAUUCUUUUCACCAUUUAAGGAAGGGACAGUGGAUUAUGGAUUGUUGUUUUCUCCUGAAAGGUUUGCAAACAGUAAGGUGUGUAGUACGCCACAGAGCUGUCGUAAAUCUUUAGGGCUUGGUCUGACCUGCAAAAAUCAGGACAAGAAAGUUGAUGAGUAUGAUACUGAUUUUGCAAGACUUUGAGGUCUAGCUUUAUCUGGUACAAAAUAACAAAUUCAUCAAAUUAUUAAAUUCUAAUGGGGUUAUGACAAAAGUAACCAUUUAGAUUGCAAUAGUUAGAAAGAUGAAAAAUAUUACAGCUUUAAAAUUAAGUGUUACAGCAAACUGUAAUUCAUUCUUUGUGUUGUCUACAUAGUUCUAGCUUCUUUUUCAGUGUUGCAAUGUUUUUUCUGAUCAUUACUCUCAGUAUAAACCAUACUACAUUUUUUUUAGCAGAAAUGGACCAUACAUAUUACUUUCUUGAACAUUUUAGUUAGAAUCAAUCUGAACCAUCAUCAAUAAUAUUCAUUUGUCAUAGUGAAUCAAAAAUAACGAAAAAGUUUACUAUAGAUGCAGAAAAUAAAAACUCACUGACAGGUUUUUUCAGCUAAAUAAAUGCAACAAUUACUGUAAACAUCCUAUAUACUAGGUCAAUAUGUUUAAAAAAUUAAUAUAUAAUUUUUUUUCAACGGUUUCUGUAUUGUCAAUAAUCUUUCUUUUACUCAACAUUCUUUGUUACUUAUUAAAUUAAGCAAAAAAAGUCAAAGCUUUGUAAAAUUUUAACCACAUUUGGAGAAGUUUAGCUGUGAAGCAAACUCAGCAAGGCAAGGGUGGACAAUCUAUUAUUUGCAAUUUUCCUACAAGCAAAAUUCGUCAAUAUUUUUCAAUUUAUUAUAUAUAUUUCCAUUAUUACAAACCAUUGGAUAUACAAAUUUUUUAUAGACGUUACAAUGUAAUUUUCUAGUUGCUCUACAGAACAGGUAGAGUAACAUAACAAUAUCAUACUUUUAUCCUUUUACUUCAGUUAACUGUGUGCUAUGGAGUGUGUGCAAGCAAUAAUAUUUCUCGUGAAUAAUAUGUACUUAUAAGAUAAAAUUAGCUUUUAAAGGUGUUUCCCUACACUUCAGAACUCAGUGCUUGUCUGGUUAAAAUAAUAACUCAACUCUAUUUUACUUAGUUUUAGCAGUUUCAGCCUCGUAAGAUUGCACUUACCCAAACGUAAGUUACAUUUUUUAUCCAAAACUUGAGAAUGUGGUUGAAAACCUAAAGCUAUCUUAUUUGUGA